AUGAACUCUGUGUUUGUGUUCUCGGUAAUAUCUGAAGGUCCGUUUAUAAAGUCAUGUGCUAGUGAUAUCACAUCGUAUGAAACCAAUCCAGUCUGGGAUUACCCGGAAUCAAUACAACCAGAUCUGUCGUCUCCUGCACCUAAUAUGACGUGCUCGGACCAGCCUGGUACAUCCUAUGAAUAUGGUACAACGAAUUAUGUCACGUGUUCUGCAACAGACAAAUAUGGAAAUUCUGCCUCUUGCUCCUUUAACAUUUUUAUAGUAAGCAAAACCCAAGCUGAAAUUGCAAAUCUUACAGCCAAGAAUGUUACUAAUGAAAACGUGAACCAGGUAGCGACUGAUCUGGAGAGUAUCACCGAAGACCCAGAGGACUUAAGUUCAGAAGAUAUUGUAGUGGUAACCAAUUUAUUGGAGGACAUUGUCUCGGUUGAAUCUCCUGACGAAGAGGUAACGGAGGCUGUUGUCGGAACUGUUGAUAACCUCCUCCAGGGAGCGGAGGACGAUGACGCUGAAAUAACACCAGAAACGUCUGCAUCCAUUUUAAAUUCAUUAGAAGAGCAGUUGAAUACUUCAGCCUCUGCUGGGUACAACGUAACACAAGACAAAGAAACACUUGGCGUUCAGACGCUAAGCGUGCGGAAACGGUCGUUGAAUAAUGGUAUCACAUUUGGAGUAAGCCAGACUGAAGACGGUAACCGGACUGUAGGGAAUUCCAUCAAUAAAAACCAAGGCGAAAAAUCAAAUCCCGAGACGACUAUCACUCUGCCACAAUGGUUACUUGAUGUCGGAGGGAAACAAUUAACGAACAUUAGCUUCGCUGCAUACUAUAACGAUGUCUUGUUUCCGGCGACCACCGUGCCUACACUCAACGUGUCAGAUGUGAUCAUUUCUGCAACAAUCUACGACAAUAGCCACCCAGAUGUCUUUAAAGAGCCUGUCCUCAUACAAUUUAAUAGGUACUCGAAAGCUGUUAACUUUACUUGCGUAUACUGGGAUGAAAAUCUUGGUGCAUAUGGUGACUGGUCGACCAUUGGCUGUGAGGGUGAAGCCGAUAUGCAUAGCGUUACAUGUAAAUGUACACAUUUAACAAGCUUUGCUGUCCUGGUAUCCCGUCCAAAUUAUCUGUCUGCAGACUCGCCUUCUAAUUUUGAUCUAAUCUUGACGAUUGUGACGUACGUAGGAUGUGCUGUGUCGAUAGUCUGUCUUAUAAUGACCAUAGCAAUUAUUCUAUCUCUAAAGUAAGUUACACGUAAAUUCAUAUAAUUGAACUUGUAAUAACACUGUCCGUAUCAUUCUGCCUAUUAGGCAUAUUGUGCCUACUAUAAUCUAUAUUCAUUUGUACAAAUCAUCUUAAUACAUAGUCAGUAAUGAGUCUAUAAUGAACGAUAACAAAGGUGUAGGCUAAUGCCUUUGGUAAAAACCACGAGAGGUUAUGGCGUAUAAUUUAGAACGCAAACAGGGUUUGAAUGGAUCAUGUAACUAGUUUAGCAUAAAUCCAUGAAUUUAUACUUGUCAAUACCAGUCUCUGUGCAUGUGGUAUUGUAGAUUGUCCCGUCCUUUGGGAUACCACCCAGUGGCGGAUUCAAUGCAGGCCCGCUUCCCCCAUCCUUUAAUUUUUCUACUUUAUAAAACAAAAACGAAAAUUAUAUUUAAAUUAUGUCUGAGUGUGCCAUUUCCGGCCACCAGGUGCCAUAAUCAUAAAUUGUCUUAC